AUGGUCGACCGAAUCCAUGCAAACGAGGGCAGUGCAGCUAACAUCAUACAAUUGGCAGUUAUCCAACAAAUGGGCUUAGAGACAAAGAUUAAUAAAUCAGCCAAGUCACUGACUGGUUUUAAUGGCGUAACAACGGUUACCUUGGGCACGAUAGAUCUCGAUGUCUACUCCCCACCUAUAAUCAGCUCGCAAAUGUUCAUGGUCAUUGAUGAAGUCUCACCCUACAAUGGCAUUCUAGGCAGACCAUGGAUCGGCAAGAUCAACGCCAUCACCUCCGCUACACAUCAGAAGAUUCGCUACCCAAUCCUUGGGGGUGGUAUCAGCCAGAUCAACAAUGAUAAAACAUUGGCGAGGAAAUGCUCAGCUCAAGGGCUAAAGAAAGGCAAGCAAACACAGUUCCUCCCUGUGAAUCAAGCAGAGCUAAAGGGAGUACAACAAGCAGAGGAGAAAGUAGAUCCUGUUCCUGACGACCGACCAGACUAG